AUGGCAUCGAAGCGCAAUUCGAGUCAUCGAACUUGGGACUCUGAUGUCCUUUGCAAGCUUGACUCAUCCACCACAAAGGUCAUGCGAUUAUCAAAUAUCGCCCUGGAUACCAAUCAGCAUCUCGUCAGCUGUAGCCGUAAAGUCACACUCGCGAAAUGGCCGACAACGCCACCACCGCUAUCAAACCAUUCAAGAUUGCCAUUACAGACAGUGAGCUGGACCUUCUCCAGCGCAAGUCGAGCUGACACGCUUACCCUCAAACGUCGCCGGCGAACAUGGGCUGAACAGAAUGGUGUCACUCUCACGGUGAUGGAAGAUACCAUCACUUACUGGCGCCAUCAUUACAGUUGGCGGGACGAGGAGGCCCGCUUGAAUAGAAUGGCUGGCCUGGCUCUUUUCAAGGAGUAA